UUGAAAAGGACUUUGCAGUUGGAAAGUUUAGAGCAAGCGAGCAUUAUAUUCUGUGUUGUGUUGACUUCCGACUGUCUAUAACAAGCCGAUAAUUAGGUGUACGCCUAAUCGGCCCUUCGGUAAGAAAGCGAAAGAACGAACUAGUAUUGAGAUGUUACGGGGACAUGGAAUCAGAUGGUGAGGGUGAAAUUAAACCACGCCCCGGACGUGAUCAAGGCGGGGCUGAAGGAGGGUGAUGAUUGGGUGAAAGGGAGCUACGUCACUUGGAAAAGGUGGGGCAAAGUAUGUCGUUAGUGAUCGGCGGAGGAGGAUUUGCAUGCAGAGGGGCGUAGUUCUAGGACAGAGCGGUGCGAACUUGGUUUUGUGUGCCUUUCCAUAUUUACCUAAGGCUGACACUCUACACAGACGAAGUUUAGCCGGAGCUGCUUCCAAGAGUACCUAAGAUUGGAAAAGUCACUCACUUCCCUUUAUCCACCCGUUUGUCGCUCGAGUGUUUACACGGUACCACACACGUGGUCUCGACCUAGACCCGAGAGGUCACCGGUCCGAUUCACGCCAACUGAUUUGAUUACCACUUGUCCACUCCAAAUGCCGCGUACUUCGUAAUAAGAGUUUUGUUUCUUUUUUAUACAUCUCUGUGUUGUGACUGUUAUUACAAGCAACUUUCAAAAUGAUGCUAAGCCAUAAGGGCUACCCGGACUCGAGUUGUAGCAUGGGUACCAUGCAACCCAUGAGUGCUAUGAGCAACAGUUAUAGUAUGAACAGUGCAACGGCCUCAUCCAUGAGCAUGGCUGGCAUGAACUAUUCUCCGCAAAGUUUUGGCACCAACAUGAUGUCCGCUUCCGCCAUGGGAGGCAUGGGACCCACUGCUGGAAUGGGCAUGGGUGUCGGAGGCACUGCAGGAGCAUGUAUGUCACCAACUAUGACAGCGAUGACCCCGCUUGGAGGUAUGAACUCUUUGAACCAAAGUAUGAAUGGCAUGACUUCCCCAGCAUGUAUGGGCUCUAUGACAGGACUGGGUAGUAUGAACUCACUUGCAGCGGCCGGCCGUGAUUUUGGCGGACAUGCUGGUGCUGGAGAUGGUUCUGCAAGUGCUGCUACGGCCGCCUUACAGCGUGCUAGAGCAGACAAAACGUACCGAAGAAGUUAUUCCCACGCAAAACCACCCUAUUCUUACAUUUCCCUGAUAACAAUGGCAAUCCAAAACAGCCCAAGUAAAAUGUUAACUCUUAGCGAAAUCUAUCAAUUCAUCAUGGACUUAUUUCCUUAUUACAGGCAAAACCAACAACGUUGGCAAAACUCUAUACGACACAGUCUCAGCUUUAACGACUGUUUCGUGAAAGUUCCCAGAACUCCGGACAAGCCUGGAAAAGGAUCUUUUUGGACAUUGCAUCCAGAUUCUGGAAACAUGUUCGAGAAUGGGUGCUAUUUACGACGACAGAAACGAUUUAAAUGUGAAAAGAAGGAAGCCGUCCGCCAGGCUAAUAAAGGCUCACACAGCAGCAAUAGCAGCCCGUCCCCUUCUGGUAAAGGCAGUGACAGUCGUAUGUCUCCGCAUUCGCACCAGCAGCCACCCCAUCAUCUUCAACAGCAUCACCAUAUACAGCGUGGUACGCCAAAUAGUAGCCCUCAUCCAAUGAAUCCACAAGGGUAUGGUGGUCACCAAAUGACCCAACACCCAAGCAAUUCUCAUCUGGUUGAGGCCUGCAAAGCUGAAGACCCUUCUUGCUGCAGUCCCCCAAUUAACGGACAGGGCAUGCAUCACGCCGCUCUUGAGCAUCAGCUGGCCGCUAUUCAUCCGCGGAAUCUCACCGAAGCCGCCGUCCUACAUUCCGGUAUGUUGGCCGCUGGACAGUUAAAAACGGACCCGCAUUUUAAUCCUUCUAAUCAUCCAUUUUCCAUCAACAACAUCAUAGCCAGCGAGAACAAAGCAGAUAUGAAACUUUAUGACAUGGUUCAAUAUGGGGCAUAUGCCCCCCUGUCCCCUGUGGGCCCCGGCGGACAGCAUUCCUUGCCCAAUGAUGCCUCUUCAUAUUAUCAUUCAUCUUUAUACUCUGUCCACCAGUCCACAACGUCGGGCAUGUGAAGAUUGUCAACCAGCCGAAGAUGUCAGUGGGACGGAAGAGCAGAAUAGCCACCUACUUUUGCUGAGACAACCGGUUGAUACCUCAACAUCGUGCAAAAACGAAAAACGAUCAGCCCCAAAUUACAUCCUGAAUUGAACUCUCAUCGUCUGUGGAUAUCAAGAUUAUCUCAAAGAAGAAGGUAAACAACAUUCAUUCCCAAAUAAUUCCUGAAAGACAUUCCAAUUCUAUAUGUUUGGAAACCGCAGAGGUAGGUUCAACUUUCCUGAAACUACCUUCUAAAGAAUGUGGACAUUAUACUGCUUUUCCGUCAAACUGACUAUCGGCCUGGUGUGUCAAUAAUUGUAAAGAAAAACAAUAUUAAAUAAAAUAAACUAUUCGUCAUGUGCAUAUAGUUCUAAAUGCAGCUAAAUCAACGCAUUUUUUGUAUUGAUUUUGUGUGGAACUGCUAAAAUAUUGCACGUUUUUAUAGGCUGCAAAACAAACCAACAAAACAGCCGAAUUUAUGUCAUAAUAUUGUACAUGAAAAAUGUAAGUACUCUAAAAUAUUUUUCUUUUGUGUAUUACUAAACAGACUAAGACAAACUUAUCAAGGAAUUGAUUGAUUAUCAUCACUAGUUUUAUUAGGUGAGUAAACAAAAUGAAAACUUUCAUUUUAUGUUGUUACAUAUCUCUAGUGAAUUCUCAUUGAGAUGUUCCGUUAAGAGGUAAGCUCUUACUAUUUACCUCAUUAAAAAAGCUAAAAAGGUUUUAUUUAGUUUAUUUUAGACUAAAUUUAAGCUAUAUGUAAAGUUUGAUUUAUUGUAAUCACUCACUUCCUGAUGUAAAUAAAAUGAAAUUAUAGCAAAAACUUCUAAAAAUAAACAUUUUAUAUUUGAAUGCUUA